AUGGCAAAACCAGGUUUCCUGUUGUUCCUUGCCAUUUCUUUGAUUCUCGUGCUUAUCAUGAGCCUAUCCUCUGCUGCCGCAGAGGAAGAUAGAAAGGUUUACAUUGCAUACUUGGGAUCACUACCCGAAGGAGAAUACUUUCCAUCAUCUCACCAUUCCAGUAUGCUCCAAGCAGUUUUGAAACAGAGUUCUGUGGCAAAUUACUUAAUCAGAAGUUGCAGUAGGAGCUUCAACGGAUUUGCUGCCAAGCUCACUAAAGAAGAGGCAAAGAAACUUGCAAGCGUGAAAGGAGUGGUCUCUGUUUUUCCAAGUAAAGUUUAUCAACUUCAAACAACAAGAUCAUGGGAUUUCAUGGGAUUCAAUAAGACUGCUAAACGUAAUCGGACUGUUGAGAGCGAUGUCAUUAUUGGCGUUAUUGAUAGUGGAAUCUGGCCCGAAUCGGAAAGCUUCAGCGAUGAAGGCUUUGGUCCUCCUCCCAAAAAGUGGAAGGGUUCUUGCAAUGGUGGCCAAAAUUUUACUUGCAACAAUAAGCUAAUCGGAGCUCGACUUUACAACUUAGAUUUAGCUGUAGGAGAUUCUGUCAGGGAUACAGUCGGUCACGGAACUCAUACCGCGUCUACUGCAGCGGGGAACAAUGUAGAGAAUGCAAGUUUCUUUGGAUUGGCUGAAGGUACUGCGAGAGGAGGGGUUCCUUCUGCAAGGAUUGCUGCAUAUAAAGUAUGCAGUGCAGCAGGAUGUGGUGGAGCGGAUAUCUUGGCAGCGUUCGAUGAUGCUAUUGCUGAUGGAGUUGACCUUAUAACAAUUUCAAUAGGAACACAAUUUUCAUUAGCAUUUUACGAGGACACUGUAGCCAUUGGUGCUUUUCAUGCAGCUGAGAAAGGAAUACUUACCAUGCAAUCUGCAGGCAAUACCGGUACAUCAGGACUAGGGUCAGUGUCAAGUGUAGCACCAUGGAUACUUUCUGUUGCAGCAAGCAGCACGGAUCGCCUAUUUGUUGACAAGGUUGUUCUAGGGAACGGCACGACUUUAAAUGGAUUUUCAAUUCAUCCUUUCAGCCUCAAUGGAACCAAGUUUCCAUUAGUUUAUGAUACCGAUGCUGGGCUCUGCCCGGUUGGGUUCCUGAACAGUAGUUUGGUAAAGAAUAAGCUUGUUCUCUGCGAUAAUUUUGAGGGAAUUAGUGGAGCUCAGGGUGCUGGUGCUUUGGGAUCAAUUGUGGCAGCUACAUUUGAUAAUGUUUCAUUUGUUGUCCCAUUUCCUGCUUCAGCUUUAAGAAUUGACGACUAUUUUUCAGUCAAGGCCUACCUGAAUUCCACCAAGCAACCUAAAGCGGAAAUAUUAAAAAGUGAAACCAUUAAAGAUUCAGCUGCUCCUAUGGUUGCUCCCUUCUCUUCACGGGGCCCUAAUUUCAUUGUACCAGAUAUUCUAAAGCCGGAUAUAAGUGCCGCGGGAGUGGAUAUCUUGGCUGCAUAUUCACAAGUUGCUUCACCUUCAGAUACCCCAACAGACAAGAGGCGAGUUAAAUACAACUUUAUGUCUGGAACCUCCAUGGCUUGUCCUCAUGCUGCCGGUGUCGCUGCUUAUGUUAAAACAUUUCACCCUGAUUGGUCUCCUUCAGCCAUCAAAUCUGCUAUCAUGACUACCGCUUGGCCAAUGGAUCGGUCCAAUAAUCCAGAUCGUGAAUUUGGUUAUGGAUCUGGACAUCUCAACCCUGUAGAAGUUAUCAAUCCUGGUCUUGUAUAUGAAGUUGUUAAAGGGGACUACAUAAGACUUUUGUGCAGCAUUGGAUAUGAUGAAGGCAAAGUUAGACAAAUAACAGGGGAUAACAGCUCUUGCCCUGACACUUCCAAAAAAAUGCUGCCAAGGGAUUUGAAUUAUCCUUCACUCACAGCUGAAGUUCCAGUAAGGAAGUCUUUCACAGUCGUUUUUCAUAGAAGAGUUACAAAUGUUGGUGUAGCAAGAUCUACUUACAAGGUAAAAGUCUCCUCCAACUCGAAACUUAAGGUCAAAGCGAUUCCUGAAGUUCUGUCCUUCAAGUCCUUAAAGGAGAAGAAGUCAUAUAAUGUCACUGUUACCGGAAAAGCUUUGGGUGGAACAUCCAUGUUGUCUACAUCAUUGGUAUGGUCAGAUGGAAUUCACAGUGUUAGAAGUCCAAUUGUUGUAUACGCAUUUGUAGAUGCACAUAGGAGAGUCAGCAUCCCAUGAUUAUUUAUCCUGUAAACUUCUUGUACAACCUGCAAUCAUGUCAUGGCUCCCAGUUUAUGUUACAAUCAAAUUUCAUGCAAUGCAUUAAUAAUAGAGUCACAUUUUCGAGCCGUAAAAUUUAUUCUAUCAACUUUAAAUGUUAAGAAAGAAAGCAGAUUAACGUCCAAUAGAUUCACAUUUCGGCUCACAUCGCUUUGAAAACUAACUAAGACCUUACCACCAUUUUAGUUUGAGCACUGGCUGUUGAAGUAACUCAAAAACAGUGGCAUGGUGGUUCCUCUAUCAUAUGCAUCAAAAUUGGAAGUUGACAUAAUUAAUAAUGUUCCCAUAUCUCCUCCACAAGGCCAAGGACUGUCUCUGAACUUCAUCUUCAGCAUAUGGAGCUAUGGAAGCAUAUGAGGUUACCUUGUUCCUCUUGAGAGUCUUUAUAAGCAACUCAAUGGACUCUGCCAAGGUUUCAGGAUCAGCUUGGAAGUUCUCAUAAUUAAUGUCAAUUCCACCCAGAUCAUACCUUUUUAUGAUGCUAGUGAGUGAAGUGACAUCAUUAGAGGCCGAGGAUUUCACUGAGGAAGGCUCGACUGCAAAAAAGGUUUGAACCACAAUAAUCUCCAUUGAUUGGAGAAAUAUCUGCUGGGUAUCCUUGUGACUGAUUUUUUAACCUAAGGAAAGUGGCUAAACUUUCAUUUUUGACAAGUCAACCUU